GCUUGAAUUGAGGUAGGAGUUCAAAAAGAGCUUGUGCUCGGGGUCUGAUAGUUGUUUUCGGGUCAGGCUGUCUUGCUGAGUCAUAAUUCCGUUCCUUUUCCGGGUCUUGCCGGCGACCCGGAAAGGUUAGCUUCUAUUGGUUCUGCUCUCGCAAACUUGCCAACCGACGCAAGAUCAGUUGGACGGUGGGAGCAUGAAAAAUGGGAGGCCGCUUGUAGUUAUACGUUUCUUCUCAUUACUCCGCAGGAAUAUUGCUCUCAUCCCGUUCAAUCAAAUUUCAUCGCCAGCCCAAGACUUUUUGUCUCCCACUAUACUGCUGUCCAAUACUUUACAGCAUUACAUCAAUUCAGAUAAUCCUUCCGAUGGUCUAUAUAUUCAUUCCCACAUUCUGAAAACUGGGUUUGUUCCAAACAAGAAUAUUUCCAUCAAACUCUUAAUAUUGUAUUUGAAAUGUGGUUCUUUGAGAUACGCACGCCAGAUGUUUGAGGGAUUGCCCGAGAAAACUCUGUCUGCUUAUAAUUAUAUGAUUAGUGGUUAUCUUAAACAUGGACAAGUUGAAGAAUCCAUCAGUUUGGUGCGUUGGCUGUUAGUCUCAGGGGGAAAACCUGACGGUUAUACUUUUUCAAUGAUUUUAAAAGCAUCAACUUCCUCUGGCAAUGUCACUCUCGGUGAUCUUGGAAGGGUGGUACAUGCCCAAGUCCUCAAAUCUGAUGUGGAGCUGGAUGAUGUUCUGUCUACGGCUCUUGUCGACUCUUAUGCAAAGAAUGGGAGGGCUGCUUAUGCGAGGAUCGUGUUUGAUAUGAUGUUAGAAAAGAACGUGAUAUGUUCAACGUCUCUCAUUUCUGGUUACAUGAAUCAAGGUUCUGUGGAAGAUGCAGAAUAUAUAUUUCACAAAACGGUAGAGAAGGAUAUUGUAGUAUUCAAUGCAAUGAUUGAAGGAUACAGUAAAUCAUCUGAAUAUGCCAUGAAAUCUAUUGAAGUUUAUAUUGACAUGCAAAGGGUGAACUUUAGACCAAAUAUUUCUACGUUUGCUAGCAUAAUUGGUGCUUGUUCAGCGCUUGCAGCACUUGAAGUCGGUCAGCAGGUGCAAAGUCAGCUCAUAAAGACUCAACUUUUCUUUAACAUAAAAAUGGGAAGUGCUUUAAUAGAUAUGUAUUCCAAAUGCGGAAGGGUGGCUGAUGCUCGAAGAGUUUUCGACCACAUGCCUGAAAAGAAUGUUUUUUCAUGGACAUCUAUGAUUGAUGGAUAUGGGAAGAAUUGUUUUCCAAAUGAAGCACUUGAACUAUUUUGGAGGAUGCAGAAUGAACAUUGCAUUGAACCUAAUUUUGUGACAUUCCUUAGUGUCCUCUCAGCUUGUGCUCAUGCUGGGCUUGUAGAUGAGGGUUGGGAGAUCUUUUACGGUAUGGAGAAUGAAUACUCACUGAAGCCAAGUAUGGAACAUUAUGCUUGUAUGGUUGAUCUGUUAGGACGAGCAGGAAGGUUGCAUCAAGCUUGGGACUUUGUCAUGCGGAUGCCUGAGAGACCCAAUUCUGAUGUUUGGGCUGCUCUACUUAGUUCAUGCAGACUCCAUGGUGAUUUAGAGAUGGCAAAAGUAGCAGCAGAUGAACUUUUCAAGUUGAAUGCUGAUAAACGACCAGGGGCAUAUGUUGCACUAUCAAACACUUUAGCUGCUGCUGGGAAAUGGGAUGGUGUGAGUGAACUUAGGGAAAUAAUGAAAAAGAGAGGGAUUUCAAAGGAAACGGCUUUCAGUUUGGUUGGAGCAGAUAGUGUUUGUUAGUUCUCAUGGGGGAGGCAAAGAAGUACUAGAACAUAUAGAGUUCAACAAUAUGAUCUCUCUCUUGUGCUUUCAUGCUGUCAAGCGUUGUCAUGUUCUUGCAAAACAAAUGCAUCGCUUUGCUGCAUCCUUGAUCUUUCUUUUCUUUUUCCUUUUCCUUUCCUCUCUUUCUGACAAAAUUUUCUUUUUCUGUAUGAUGUAAAAAGAUGUUGCAUGAGAAAAUCAUGUAAUACUAUAUAUUGAAAAUUAGAUCAAACCUAUGAUUUUGUUUGA